UAAUUUAUUUGGAGUUUUAACCAUCCUUGGAUCUCAAGGAUAAUGGAAGCAUCUCAAGCUUGGUUGCAUUUUGCUAUAUACAGUGGAAUUAUUUUAUGUUUAACAUUACAUGACUAUGGUUGUUGCAGGUGAUGGCACUAUUGAGUGGCUUUGUUGGUGUUUACACUGAGCUGAUCAUUAAAAAGCGACCUUCAAGGAAUAUCAAUGUGCAGAAUUUCUGGUUGUAUAUCUUUGGCAUGAUUUUCAAUGUUGGAGCUAUGCUUACAUGGGAUCAUGACGAUAUUAUGAACAAGGGAUUUUUCCAUGGUUAUUCACUCAUCACAGUAUGCAUGAUUAUCAACCAUGCUCUUAGUGGGAUUGCAGUAUCUAUGGUAAUGAAAUAUGCAGAUAAUAUUGUCAAGGUUUACUCCACUUCCGUUGCAAUGCUUCUUACAACAUUUAUAUCAAUGAUUCUUUUUAGGUUUCACUUGACUCUUCCUUUUGUCCUUGGUUCAAUGGUUGUGUCUGUAUCAGUUUAUUUGCAUUCUAAGGGAAAGGCACCAAGGUAAUAUCCAACUGUUGAGUGAAGUCAAGGGAUAAACAUUUUCGAGAGUUAGCAAAAUGAUUUUUCUUUAAGGUUAUCUUGCUAGUGAGGGUAACUCUUAAUUCGGAACUGCUCUGGAUGGAGUUCCAAUAUCAUAAUGUACCAAAGAAGUUGAGCUUUGUUCCUUUUUUAUUCCAGGAUGGUGUACCCAUUUAGCAUUUUAGAUAUUACUUUGUUAUUUAAGUCACAUUUAAAGAAACAAAAGGAUUCCAACCUACCCUGAGCAGACGAGGUUCAUAGUCAUUGAGUUGAUAUUUAUAUCAAAUAUGGCUAAUUGACGAGAGUCUUAAAAUUAUUUGGGCCCUGUACAUGUAAUUUACUUAAUAUUAUCUGAUUCAAUUUACUUGUU